CUCUCGACCGUCUCUAAGCGUUUGAGGAGCUAGCAGCAGGGGAAUCUGAAGCUUCAGCAAUGGCGCCGAAGGACAGGAAGCCUAGGGUGACCAGAAACCCAGAUCUGAUUCGUGGUGUGGGCAAGCACUCGCGAUCAAAGAUGUACCACAAACGUGGUCUCUGGGCCAUCAAGGCCAAGAACGGCGGUGUCUUCCCCCGACACGACGCCAAGCCGGCGGAACCAAAACCUCAAGAAAAGCCACCGAAAUUUUAUCCUGCUGAUGAUGUGAAGAAGCCUCUGCUUAACAAACGCAAGCCUAAGCCCACUAAACUCAGGUCGAGUAUUACACCUGGAACGAUUUUGAUUAUCCUUGCGGGGAGGUUUAAGGGGAAAAGGGUUGUUUUCUUGAAGCAACUUCCGUCUGGAUUGCUUCUCGUUACAGGGCCAUUCAAGAUUAAUGGUGUUCCUCUCCGCCGUGUUAACCAAUCGUAUGUGAUUGGGACCUCCACCAAGGUAGACAUUUCUGGUGUUAAUGCAGAGAAAUUUGAUGAUAAGUACUUUGCAAAGGAAGGCGAAAAGAAGAAAAAGAAGGGGGAAGGUGAAUUCUUUGAAGCAGAAAAAGAGGAAAAAAAGACACUUCCACAGGAGAAGAAGGAUGACCAGAAAGCAGUGGAUGCUUCCUUGAUAAAGGCCAUUGAAGGAGUUCCAGACUUGAAGAUUUACUUGGCGGCAAGGUUUUCUCUUAGUUCAGGCAUGAAACCUCAUGAGCUUGUCUUCUAGAGGGAACACCAGCAAGCUGUUAGGACUGAUUUCCAGUCUGCUUAAUUUUUGUCAUCAGAUCUUG